AUGAAGGCCCUUGGAAUCUUUGAAGAUGUGGAGUUGGUCCUCAAGAACAUGCACUUGGCCAAGCUCUUCUCUACCACAUGGAAUCCUACAAGGAGCUCACUUGCGAGUUCUAGCUUCAAUGAGGGAGAGAAGAGAAUGGUGACCUUUAGGCAGCUGGAGAUCUUGUUUGGGUUCAACUAUGGAGAGGGAACCAAGUGGAACUUCAAGGAAAAGGAACUCCAAAGGGUUUGGGCUACAAUCGCUGAUGGAGUGUACUCUUCCUCAAGGUCAAGGCAGCUCAGAUCAGGAGCCCAGUCUUGA